CACUUGCAAAUCUUCGAUUAAAAAACUGCCCGGCUGCUUCUGCUUUUUCACGAGUCCACGAGUCCACUUAUUCCAAGUAAGUCUCUUUCUUUCCUCUUCUUUGAGUAAUGUCUGACCGCGAAGACAGCCAGAACCCUUCCGUCCAUUCUUACGGUUCUGGUGACCGGUCUAAGACUUCCGGUUCCUCUUCUUCUUCAUCCUCUGAUUCUGAGCACCCGGCUACUUCUCCACAGAAGAAGCCGGUUGAUGCUUCCACUUGCGCUCCUUCUUCUCCCGUGGAGCAAGUGGUCUCGGUUGCCCAACCUGGGGAUGAGGGUUUUAUCCAGCUGGACGACCGGUUGCUCCAAACGCAAUCGUCGGUCAUGCAGAAGGCCCAAGUCCAGGAGGUGCGCAACCUGAUGCCGGACGGGUACCAAUUGACCUACCGGGCAAUGUGGAAGAGCAUUAUUCCUCUCCAUGUCGGUACGUCGAUUGGUAUCCAUUACCACUCUAUCAAGGACCUGGGUGAAUUCUUUAUUCACCUAUUCAAAGUCCUUUUCCUCGAGACAUACGGUAUCAUGCCCGGGCAGAUGGCCCCUAAUGGUCACCGUUUGUUGGGCAGCUUCAUCAAUGUCUUCCGGUUCCUUCGUAUUCCUCUCUCCCUUCAUUCCUUCGACCAUAAGUUCGAUGUCCGGCCGGGGUCCAAGGAAACCCUUGGAUUCGUGGUGGUGUCUUCUCACCAAGGCCGAGCAUUUCUCUGUGGCCUUCCUCCUUCUAACAAGAAGUGGAAGGACAAAUACCCACUCAACCCUCCAACCAGCCAGCCGUUCUCUUUGGAGGAGCAACCGGCUCAAUCCCAUCAGAGCACCAACCAGCCAAUCCACUCAGGUGAGCUCUUCAUUAAUGUAGACACCUUCGAGUUCGAGAACAUGAUGGGAGAGACCGGCCAUACCUCUCAGGCCGGGCUGGCAGGUCAAGCCCCUGAGGAUGACCAAGGCGAGGAAGAGGUCGCUGAAGAAUCCCUUCAGCGGAAAAGGCGGAAGACUGAGGAGGUUAACCAGCCAUCCCACCAGGGGGCCCAGUCCUCCGACGCUGGCAAGGGGCCAAUCGUGCCUCGGUCCCUGUCUUUAAUGUCUAGGUCAGACGAGGAGCUCUUCCAAGCGUUUCGUUCUGAUCUGAAUGAGAAGGUCGGUCGGAUCGGGGAGGAGUACUUCGCCCGGUUGGUGAAGUCAAAGGAUGAGGAGAGGACCCGGAUGGAGGCCAUAAUGGUCCAAUGUCGGAAGGAUGCUCAGGCUGCCCAUGCCCAGGCGGAGAAGGUGGAGGCCAAAUGGCUGGAGCACUGCACGGUCUAUCGCCAGCUCUACGCCAAGCACGACAGUCUUCUAAAGGCCGCGAAAGAGGCCGAUGAGCAAGCCCAGGUCAAGAUCCAGCACUUGGAGGCUGAGAACGCCUGGUCGGCUGAGGAGAUCGCUCGGUUGGAAGAUGAACUGCAGAAAGAGCGCUCGGAGAGGGCUCUUCUUGCUGCCGCCUGGGCUGUUCAGGCUCCUGAGGAGUUUGCUGCUAGGGCGCUACCUGACCGGGAGACUGCCAUCCGCUUCUUCCAAUGCUUGUACAAGUACGAGGUCUCGGCUGGGAUCGUCGAUGAGAUCGGGACCUUCGGCUUUGAAAGCGACCAGUACACAGAGCGGCGGGCCCUCUACGGCAUCCUUGAGCAGAGGAUCCAAGACCGGCUGCAAUUACCCGGCCUAAAAUACAAGUUUACCCAAGUCUUUUCGAAAGGCUGGGUGGUCGACUCGGAAGAAUUUGAGUUUCAUUAAUUUUCUUCUGGUCGGUUAAUAACCCGCAAUGGCGUAUUGACUUGUCCUUUUCGAAAGGAUGAGUAUUUGCCCGGGCGCUUGUAAGGUCGACGCCUUUAAUUUUCACAACGGCUUAAAGCCCUUGUGGAAAGGUAAACCUCGAGUUUUUCUUCAGAACGUCUGACUUAAACUGGUC